UCGUUAUACAUAAUAUGUCACUAACAGCUGUUCCGGUAAAUACAAAAUAUGGAAAAAAUCUAAACAAUAUCAAAUUGUAAAGGAAUAAACAUAAUUCGAUAAAAUAAAUAGAAAAUACAUCAUACUUUUAUAAUUUAUAAGAAUUAAUAGCAUAGUGUUAAAUAAUAGACAUUACAUAACCUUUCAAGGAUUAUGGCGGCUAAAAAAGUUUUGAUUGGUGGCGGCACGGGCUUUGUCGGAACUCGCUUAAAUAGUCUCUUAAAAGCUAACAACUAUUGUGUGGUGAACAUAUCUCGUAUGCCGGGUGCCAACAACAUUUCCUGGUCUGCUUUGGAGACUUCGGGAUUGCCUUCACAGACAUGUGCUGUAGUAAAUCUGGCAGGUCAACAAUUCAUGGAUUUUACUAAAAUGUGGACACCAGGUUUUAAACAAAACGUAAAAACAUCCAGAGUAUAUACAACAAAGGCAAUUGCAAGUGCUAUUAACAAAAGCCAAGAUAAACCUAGAGUAUUUGUGUUGAUCACCGGAGUAGGUGCUUAUGAGCCAUCAGAGACUAUAAAGUAUGAUGAAUCAAGUCCUACAACAGGCAAUGACUUUUUCUCUAAAUUGCUAGUUGAAUGGGAACAAGCUGCAACAGUUGACCCACCCGUAAGGCUGGUUAUAAUACGUUCAGGUGUUGUACUUGGUCGUGAAGGUGGUAUGAUAAAGAACAUGAUAGUACCAUUUUUCUUUGGACUUGGUGGUCCCAUAGCAUCCGGGAAACAGUUCCUGCCAUGGAUCCACAUAGAAGAUCUCAUUAGACUGAUACAAUUUGCCAUAGAAAAUGAAAAUGUCAAAGGAGUCUUAAAUGGUGUCGCUCCUCAGGUUAUUACAAAUGCAGAAUUUACUAAGUCAUUCGCUAAAGCCUUGUCACGUCCUGCAUUCUUCACUGUACCAGAAUUUUCGUUAAACCUCCUAUUGAAUCCAGAAAGGGCUAUGAUGUUGACAAAAGGUCAAUAUGUCGUGCCAAAACGAACUUUAGAAUACGGCUUCCAGUACAAAUAUUGCACAAUAGACGAAGCUUGCGCUGAAUGUGCACAUUUAUUCUCAAAAAAUUAAAUUACAAAAUCCCACCAAACUAUCGAACAAAACUUGAUUUUGUUUUAUUUAUAAGUUCUCAGUUAAAAUAUGAAGGCGGCAAUAAUGUAUUAUAAAUAUUGUAUACCGUCAAGGUUAAAUUAAGAGCGAUACAAAAAAGCAAAAUUUUAUUAUUAGCGCCUCGAAAGUACAAACUUGUUUGGUUUAUAUGUUAAUUGAGUUUUUGUUACACAACGAAAUAAUAAAAUUUCUUAUAUAUAGAAAGAAUUUAAUGUUGUUGAUGUCAAAUAUAUAUAUAUUGUUAUGAAAUAAGAAAUGAAAUCGUAACAAAAUUAAUAAAUAAGUAGAGAAAUUAUAA